AUGGUUUCGAAUGAGUAAAGAUACAUUUUUCUGACGUCUUGGUAACAGUUUUGUUUGAGAAUCCUUGCUCAACGUAUGAAAAGAGCCGAUUGUGUCUCAACCUAUGGAGAUUGGACGGAAUGGACCACUUGUGACUCCAACUGUGGAUAUUGUGGAACUCAGGCACGGACCAGAGUUUGUGCGGCUAUUUCCGGAUGCCCCGAUGUCAUUUGCACGUGAGUUAUCCCAGAAAAAAUGUAAGGAAGAAUCAAUUUCAGUGGUGAUACAUCCGAAUCUCAAGCGUGCAGUACUUCCGACGUCAUCUGCUUGGCGCCAAGUGCAUCCUGCUGCCCAUCCACUUACAAGAAAACAGUCGAUAUUCCGAACCGUCGUUUUUAUUGUGCACUUGUAUAA